GGGUUGUGCGCCCAGAGCACAAUAACGAACGGGAAUCCGACCCACCUUCCGGACGUGCGGGGCUGGAUCGACAACGACCCGUCCCCCCACGCGCGCGACACGUGCCAGGCGUUGUGCAACAAGAUACCGCAGUGCGUCGGAACCGGGUCGUACAUCUUCAACCAAAAUCCCGAUGGGAAGGAUAACAAUGAUCGCACGUUUUGCGAGCUGGACCUUGGCAGUUUCGUCGGGUUGGAUAUCAGCGUGUUGCCUUCCCAGUUUUACAUGAACUGGAGCGGCUACCCACAGGACAGCACGGACACUUGGGAGCUCGGCACGGUGCACACCGGGUACACAACUGGAGAGUGCUGGAGGAAGGUGAUGGGAUACCAAUAUACAGCGUCGUUUACGGCGCUCGGUAUCUCUGGCAUGAAGCUCUCCAAGAGGCUCACACUGGUGGAGGGAAGGUACGGAGACAGUGCAAGUGGGUCAUCUAUUUCCUCAGUCGACUACGACGCCGAAGCAAAAUUGGGAUCCAUCGUGUCAUAUGAAAUGCAAAAGCAUCGUACUAGUAUAAAUCGCAUGACAAAUUUCUUCAGCAUGAGACAUAAAAUUUGUCAUGCGGAUUUCGCUUGAGAAAGAAAUUUGUAAUGCAUCGAUUACUACGAGUGCGAUACUUUUGCACAGGAUGCGUCCAAAUCCGAUUUCACCACAGCUAGCUACGUCGUGCCGGCGUUUCCCCUAUCAAAUGUAAAAAUGUCUGGGUCUGGAAGAAUGCGCGAUUUGUCAUGCAGCUUUUUCAUGACCCUUGAGGUCUGUAAUGCAGGACCUAACAUGACAGAUUCUGUGCACUCUCUCUCAUGCCUAUCCUGCAUGAGAAACUCCCUCCCGACUUGGCCAAAACUGGACGACUUUUGGUAAUCAUGCAACACAGAUUUUUGUAUGCUUCAGAUUUAGCAUCACAAGUUGCAUUCUUCCAGACCCAGACAUUUUUACAGUUGAUAACCCCUCCAGUCGAACACGGAAACUGUCUUCGACGCUACUACCUCCUGGUAUUCCCCAUCACAAAGUAUGAGCCUCAACCUGUACCCAAAUACGGGGACUUCCCACGCGAGCUUCGCUUUCUUCGAAUUCUCCUUCAUGCUCCGCAGCAACUACGC